CGCAGGUGCCCGAGAAUGACAUAAUACAAAACACCCUUUAUAUAAAAACCCCGCCGAUCCUCAUUUCAAUCCUCCAUCCUUUCAUCCACAACGAGAGCAACAGAAAUAGUUUAAUGGCCGUACAGGCAAGCACCGGCAGCAGCCGCAACGGUAGAUGGUCACUACAGGGAAAAACCGCUCUAGUCACUGGAGGAACUCGAGGAAUCGGUCAUGCAGUGGUGGAAGAGCUUUCAGGAUUCGGGGCGUCGAUCCACACGUGCUCCCGCAACGAAGCCGAGCUCGAUCGUUGCCUUCGCGAAUGGGCGCGUUUGGGCUUCCAUGUAACUGGAUCAGUUUGCGAUUUAUCGUCGAGAGCCGAUCGAGAGAAGCUGUUGGAAAAGGUUUCUUCGGUCUUCGAUGGGAAGCUCAACAUCCUCAUAAACAAUGUUGGGACAAAUAUUAGGAAGCCUACUGUGGAUUAUACUGCUGAAGAGUUUGCAACUGUCAUGGCAACCAACUUCGAGUCCGCAUACCAUAUGUGUCAACUUGCACAUCCUCUUUUAAAAGCAUCUGGAAUGGGAAGCAUUGUAUUCAUCUCCUCUGUUGCCGGUGUUAUAGCUGUAAGUUCUGGGACCGUUUAUGCUGCAAGUAAAGGUAAUGGUUGUUCAGUGGCUAAAUUACUUGCGUGUUCUUCUAUCUCAAAGCAAACAAUAGCGGCAAUUAAUCAACUUACAAAGAAUUUGGCAUGUGAAUGGGCAAAAGACAAUAUAAGGACAAAUUGCGUGGCACCUUGGUAUAUCAAAACCUCACUUGUGGAACAUAUGCUUGAAAAUGAGGAAUAUGUAAAAGAGAUCAUCCCCCGCACGCCUGCUCGACGGGUUGGAGAGCCAAAGGAGGUCUCAUCUCUGGUGGCAUUCCUCUGCAUGCCUACUGCAUCAUACAUCACUGGCCAGGUAAUUUCUGUUGAUGGGGGAAUGAGCGUGAACGGUUUCUACCCAACCCAUGAUUAGAAGAAGAUCACCCACCAAAAAAUUCUGAUGAUCGGGACCGUUGAUCUGGACCCCACAACCAACUGAACAGUUGCUGUGUUUUGAGCAAACUCAGGUUUUGCAGGUCCCUUGUCAGAUGUUUACCACUGUCCAAUCCCCUGGCUUUGGAGUUUGAUACUUUUAUGUUAAAUGAAUAGAAUACUCAUAUUUUCAGAUGUAUGGUCCUGGACCAUGCGUCCUGUGGGGUCCAUCAUUUCUCCCUGGUCCAAAAGUAGGUCUUAGCCAUCCAUGGAAUAUAGAUAGUUUUCUGUCUGUUUGGACCUGUCCACUGUUCCUAGGUUGCCUUGAAAUGGAAAUAUAUAUACUCGUAGGAUGAUCAUCAAACUGCCUAGUUUAGGUCAUGCAAUAUUGGAUGGACAAGAUCGUAGUAGAAAAGUUUGUUUUGGA